AUGCUAAAUGUCAGGUUUGGAUGCGGUGGUUGUGCUUUCAGGACAGCAGCGAUGAAGCACUGUUUUUACAAUGAGACUGUGGGGUUCUUCUACAAUAACAGCCGCAAAGAGCUGACCACGUACUGGAGGACGAAGGAUGUCCUGGUGGUUGCCCUGGGUCUGACAGUGAGUGUCAUUGUGCUCCUGACCAACCUGCUGGUCAUCACCGCAAUCGUCAUUAACCGGCGUUUCCACUACCCCAUCUACUACCUCCUGGGGAACUUGGCGGCUGCCGACCUCUUUGCUGGCAUCGCGUACAUGUUUCUCAUGUUCCAUACGGGGCCCAGGACAGCAGAGCUCUCCCUGAAGACCUGGUUCAUCCGUCAGAGCCUGCUGGACACCAGCUUGACAGCCUCUGUGGUGAACCUGCUGGCAAUCGCCGUAGAAAGGCACCAGACUGUUUUUACUAUGCAGUUACACAGCAAAAUGUCCAACCAGCGUGUGAUGAUUCUCAUCUUCUGUAUUUGGGUCACAGCUCUGCUCCUGGGGCUCAUCCCUUCCUACGGCUGGCACUGCCUCUGUGCCCUGGAGAAGUGCUCCAGCAUGGCACCGCUCUACAGCAGGAGCUACCUGACCUUCUGGGCCAUCUCCAACCUGGUCAUCUUCCUGAUCAUGGUGGUUGUGUACACGCACAUCUUCAUCUAUGUCAAAAGGAAGAUGACGCGGAUGUCCAAGCACACUAGCUUCCACCCCCGCUACAAGGAGACCAUGAUCAGCCUUGUCAAGACGGUCACGAUUAUCUUGAGUGCUUUUGUUAUCUGCUGGACCCCAGGACAAGUUGUGCUCCUCCUGGAUGGCUUGGGCUGCAAGAGCUGCAAUGUUCUAGCGGUGGAGAAAUACGUCCUCUUGCUGGCAGAGAUCAAUUCGUUGAUAAAUGCUAUUGUCUACUCUUACAGGGACAACGAGAUGCGUAGCACCUUCCGGAGGAUCCUCUGCUUUGUCUGUUACAGGAAUUCCAAAUAUACCCCUACAGUGGUGAAGUUAAACACCACAGACCGUGGGACACUUUCUCAGAACGGGCACUUUACUGUGGAUUCCUCUAUUUAG